CUGAUGCACCUGAUUCUGAUUGCCACCCACCCAGUCUCCAACAGACACUGAGUGACUCGAUACACUGUGUCGGUUAGGUGUGUUAUUGUGUGUAUGUGCGUAUACAGCUGGUUUUCUGACGCAGGCGGGGGCGGCAGACCAGUGAUGCAGAGCCUCGCACUCACCUUUAAAAUCUGUCAUUGGCUCAUACUCAUCCAGAUUUCUUCAGUGGUGGACACAUCUCAGCAGGUGAGAAGAAAAUAUUUGUCAUUUCAUCAUUUGAAAUAAACUUUAAAUUCCUUGUUAGUUCUGAAAAGUAUCUUUUGUUUAAUACGUUGUUUGAUUGAGUCACCUUAAAUAACAUUUUUUAUUCUUGUUGCCAAAGGGAAAAAGUUGGGAUUUGUGUACAAAGACUUACACCGACAUCAUAAUAAAUCAUCAGAAAAUAACUAUGUGGGUCCUUGGGAAGAUCAGGGAGAGCAUGGACAGCAUUCCUUUAGAGCUGAGUCGUUACAUGGGAAAGUGUGAGGAGGAUAUCUUUCUCUCUCCUAAGGCGAGUCUCUCUAACAAUCUGCACAACAACAUCCUCACCCCAGACAAGAUCCCAGAGUUCUGCCUGCCGCCGCGGCUUUGCAAGAGAAGCCAGCUGCUGGAAGCUGAGAAAACAGCACCUCACCUGCACGGUCAGAACCAGAUACCCAAGAGUAGCACUUCUUCAGACACAACACAUGUAAAGGCAAAUGAUGUUAAGACGAAGAAUGGUGAUGCAUCAGUGGCUUGCAAGGCUAUAAAGAAACCUUUGCCAUUUUCAGCAGAGGGGUAUGGCCUGACUGGGAUAUAUGAGAGCCCCAACACUCGAAGGAAAGAGUCUUUGUUCCACUCAAAGCGCCCUGUUUACAUGUUUGAUAGAAGCAUUGCAACUUCAGCACCCAGGCUGGCAAAGGAGACAAAAGUGCCCAAGAAAACCUUAUCUGGGAUUCUCCCUCCAUUUUUAUGCAAGAGCCUGUCAGAGACAGGAAGCACAGAAAGUGAAACACCUUCUUCCAGUGACACCUCUCCCCUCAGUUCCCCUUAUAGUGCUAAAUCUUCCCUUUACAUCCCAUCAGACAGUGGCCGUCUUAAAGGGUCAACGUCGUGUCCUUCGUUAAUUGACAGCAGGGAGGAGAGAGAGAGGUGGAAGAGUUUAAGUUCAACAACAUCUCCCAGUAGCCCUCCAAGCUUAGAGGGAAGCUCACUCACCUUAGCCCCACCUGCCCUGUUCCCACUGGAUGUUCUGCAGUGUCAAGAGAGACUUCAGCGUGAGCAAGUCCUCCCUUUGCAGGGCCGUGGUAAAGUGCGCCUCGUCAUUGAGCAAACCACAUUCUCCACCAACACAUUCUCAUCCCUGUCUACAGUGAGAGUCCGUGUGGUGUCUGUGGAAGGCCUAUGGGAUGGUACUGACCGACGAACCCAGAACUGUGCAGUGCAUCUGUGUCUGACCCCGGGGAAGAUGCAGCAACAGGAGAGCGCCACCAUCCGGAACUGCUGCAACCCUGUGUUUAAUGAAGAUUUCUUCUUUACAGAACUCAGUAGAGAGGAUCUGCUGGAACUGCAGCUCAGGUUAAAAGUGGUGGGUAAACCUGCAGCUGGAACACUGAGGAGAGGGACAGUAAUUGGAGGGAUCAGCCAACCACUGUCUCAGUUACUCUUUCUUAAAAAUGGGUAGAAGAGAAACUCAGCAAUAAAAUGAUUAAACUGCAUUACAUUGAUUUCUUUCACAGGGCAUAUUUUCAAAUAAAUUGUAUAUAACAUUUACUGAAUUUAUAGUUAAAAUUAUAACUAUCUCUCCUGCUGGUUGCAUUCAAUGUUGACAACUUCUUAAAAUUUUGACUAACAAUUUCUCAUAAACAAAUAUUUUGGAACAUAAAGAAUCUGAAUGAAGACCUAGGCUAUAUGUACGUGUGUUUAUAUGUAAAACAUUAUUGGUCUACAACCCGCUAGUAUAUAUUAACAGUGCUCAAUAUUUACAUUUACAUUUACUCAUUUGGCAGAUGCUUUUAUCCAAAGCGACUUACAUUUGAUUUUAUAUUCUUAUAUGAACAUAUUCACCCUAACAACUUCAAAACAAACAAAUAUAAAUCAAUGAAUGCAGGUUUAAGAUAGUCAAAGAUGUAGUUUUUGGGAAACACAUUUUUUCUUUAGUGAACUCUUUAAUUCUGUUUUGAUAUAAAAAAGUGUAGUCAAGCUUUUCCUCAGUACCUUGCAAUGCUUUUAUA